AACGUCGGCGCGUUCUUACUGUCCCAGUCUUCGGACAGUCGCGCGUACAUGGGAGGCAAGGAUAUCGGAGGAGCGCUGGGAAUUACUGUGAAGGCCGGCAUGUCCAUGGAAUUGCACGAUAGGGACCGGUCCCAUCCCACAUCCUUUUGGGGAAAAGUGUCGACCAAAGUGGCCACGGAGGUCAAGAGUCGCUACCUGCAGAAACACAACGGGGGCGGGUACCCUAGUUGCAUAGGUACUCAGUAG